AUGUUACUUAAAAUCCUUGGAAGGUGUUUCUCGUUCUCAUUACAACUGUUUAUUAUUCAAGUGAGGAUUUGUGAAUGCGCUAAGAAUCAAGGCAAUGUAAUAACCGUCACCGAACCUGGAAAAGAUGCCAUUUGGAAAUCAGGACCCAACUCAUAUUCCAUUACAUGGUCGCAAUCAAAGUUCUCAUUUAAAUGGAACAUAGUACUAUUAGACAGCGAGCGAAACAAAAUUACGGAUAUUUCAACGGGAUUAAGGGAGUUUAAUGAGGUAAAAAUGACACAUCAAUGGCUUGUUCCUUCAAGUGUUCAAAGUGGAAGUUACAGAAUUCAAAUAUGUGCCACUAGUGUUCCUGACGAAUGUGGAAGCAGCGACGUAUUCUCGAUCAGGAAUAGUAAAAGUAAGAUGUUGCAGUAACUUUUAUUCAAGAUUAAUAUGUUGUGAAGGUUUGAACCAAUAUGUUUUGCAUUCAUAACGUAAUGUAAAUACACCUGUUAUUUUAACCCCAUUCAGUUUCGACUGAUGCCGAUUUUGACACAGGACAUAUUCGUUUUGGCUUAUACUUAGAACCUGCAUGAAUAACACUAUUAAUUAUUUCUUGUAGAAGUUUCCUCGAUAGUCAGUAGAUGGGAAAAAAAAUAUCCUUAGUGAUGAUAAAUAAGUCUCGCUGCUGUUUUCGCGCCGGUAACUAUAACAUUCUUGCACGGAACAUUUGCUCUUUUAUUUUCUUUUCUUUUAUUAUUUUUUUUUGUCAUUUCGCUUUUUUUAGCCUAGAGCUAUGAUUAGUACGACUAUCUAAUAUAUUUAUUUUAAGAUUUACUGUAGCUCAGCCAUUGAUUUUCCCAUGUGUAAUUAUGAUAAUAUUUUGUUCUAAUUAUCUAACUGAGGGAGCCCAUUCCUUAUAAGCCCGGUGGCUUCUCUUGGGCUUCCUCGCCAUGAGAGUUUAAAUAAUUAGAUUUUAUUUGAUUUGUACAAUUUUUGGCAAACAAAACAAUAAACAAUAAACAACAUUUAAACAUACUGCGAACAGAGCCAUUUAGCGGCUUGCGAAGGAGAUCCGUACAGGGUUUAACUGAUCCCUUGCCUUAAAAUUGGGACGUGAAGAUAAAAAUAAUCUACUACAUUCAAACAUUCCUGACUCCUGGAUCCUAGCGAGUGAAAAUUCAAUUAAACUGGCUGUAUAUUUUCAGAGUAUUACAACCAGCUUUGGUUGGACUCGUGCGAUUGUCUUAAUAGGGAGCGCAAACAUAAACGUUUUCGAGCACCGCGCGUCAACCUGAAGUGUACUUUUCACAUUCUUGGGCAAAGUUUAGCAAUACACUUUAUUUUUAUGAGGGAAAAAACAUCACUUCCGUUUGACGUGCGUCUCUCAAUAACUUCUUUGCGUAAGCUCCCUUUCUUCCUGGCAGUAAACACUGAUUACGUUCUGAGUUAGAAUCCUCUAUUCAGUUCUUUUUAAACUAAAAUUGAUAACUUUUGCUUAUAUUUUACGCUAGACCCUGGCGCUGCUGAUGAAUCUGAUUUCGAUGCAUUCUCCUCCGUACAUGAUAACCAAGCAAUACCUUUUGCGCAGCUUUCCAAUAUAACGGGAGAAAGAAAAGCAAAUUUAAAAAUCCUCUUACCUCACGAGCUUCGCCGUCAGAGACGUUUGGAAAAGGAGGGACUUUACUUUAAGCGUAUGACAGAGCAGAUAAGAAGACAGAAAUUAGAAGAAUGCACGAUCGAGCGUGUCCACCAACCGUCAAAAGAGGCGUUUGUGGAACGAUACAUGAAGCAUGGUAAACCUGCUAUAUUGACGGGAAUGAUGGACAGCUGGGAAAGUACAAAAUCCUGGAAGUUUGAAGAACUUGGUACGAAUUAACGAAGAGAAAUCCCCCUUUUCUCUUAGGGUCUUGAAACUCGAUAAAUCGCACCUUUGACUAAGAUUGAACACUCACUAGAGAGGGUAGUUGUGGUAGCUCUAAAAGGAAGUUUUUCGGUACGAUCUCUUGCAUGCACUAGGCAUUAGCUCUUGCUAUUUUGUUGUUUAAGCUCCCCUGCUUCAGCUUGCCAAUCGUCUUCCCAACUGACAAACAAAGCAAUUCAAUCAUGCAAUAAAUUUUCAGUCUUAGUCCUGCAAACAACCAUGAAAGAGCUGAGACGUUUCAACAAUGAUACUUCCAAGUUUAUCAAAGUUUCCUAUCCUUUAAAGCAAACGCCAUUUAGUGUUGAUGGCAGCUAAGGAUUCAUCUUAAUGUUUCUAUUUAUUUUCUUAUUUACUUUUUAUUUACCUAUUUAUUCAUUUAUUUACUUACCUAUUAAUUUGUUUUCUUGGUGUUUUCUCGCCACUUUCCUACCUGGGUGAAAAGGGCGUUUAAAUUGAUUAAAUUUUUUUUGAGAUCGGCUGCAAGUUGUCUAUAGACCAUAGAAAAAGAUCGUACUUUCAACUCGAAAUUUUUGAGAUGUCUAAUAUUUGACAUUAUUUCCUGUAGGAAAGGUUCUCACCAAAGGGGUCAAGGUUGAC